GCCGGCAGUAUAAGGAGGCUGCGGCGCGUGCUGCAGGCGACUGUUGGCGGGAUGGGCGACGGUUGGCCAGCGGGAGAGCGCGGGAUGGGCGCGAGGACGGGGGCGGCGCUGUUGGUGACAGCGUUGGUGGCGGCGCUGGCGGGCCGCGCACGCGCGUGCGGCAAGACAUUGACCGGGGUGGAAGGAGGGCCGCCGACGCCGCCGACGCCGCCGGGCGUGGGCUCUCCCACCGACAUCUCGGUGGACGACGCCAACAUGGUGAAGGCCGCCAACUUCGCCGUCGUCAAGUACAACAUGAAGAGCAACGAAGCCUACCUCUACAAGACCGAGAGGAUAGUGACCGCUAAGCAGCAGAUUGUUAAUGGUGUGCUAUUCUACAUUGAAAUGUAUAUUGGGAAAACUGAAUGCCGAAAAACUGGAAGUGAACAGCUGGAAAGCUGUGCUUUUGUUUCACCUACGGAGAAACGGCCGCUUUGGAAAAAAAACAUGAGAUUGAGGAACGAAAAGGGCGGUUUAAGAGAGUAGCCGAAGAGUUGGAUGGACAGGCAUAGGAAGAAGAAGAAGAACGUCUGAGGGGAGAGAAAAGGAACGGCUGAAAAUGGCCACGAAGUUGGCAGUUGUCAACGUGAAGAAAAAGGUAUUGCAGAGUCGGGGAUCAGGAUGCGGCUCAAAAGUAUCUCUGAAGAAGAGUUCCUCAGUAGCUUUCAUAGCUACUUUUUUAAUGUCUAUUAGUAAUUUAGCUUAACUUUUAAACCAUCUAGCUUAACCAUUUAGCUUAUGUUAUAAUUAUAACCAGUUACCUUUAAUUUUAUCUGCCUGUAAUUAUGUGGGUGCGAUUUAUACAUAAUCUGGGGUGUGGUUUGCAGCUAGGAUUCCGGCGCAGACGCCCUAGGAGUUUAGUUUAGUUGUAUGAAGAUCAGGGGGGAGACAUCGUUUUUGACCAUGCACGAGCAUGUCCAUGAGUAUGAUUGAAAUGUACUUAUACAAGAAGAAGCUUUUAUUAAUUGUCUUACUGUUCAUACUACUACAAUAAAUAAACUAUUAAUCAAGAGUGUUUUUGGAAGAUUCAUCUUUCGACGGCAUUGAAUGUCUCGUGGGUGCGUAUAGAUUUCCUUCUGAUCCACGGUCAUCAUUGAGGGCUAAACCCUCGAGACAUUUUGCCCAAUAUUAAAAUAUCAGUUUCAACAUGAUGUACAUUGAAAUUAUUUUGAAAUACAGAACAGGUGUUCCUGCAGUAUUGGUACACAAUGUCAAUACACC